GUUUUGACUUGGAACUUGGAACUUGAAGGAGCACUCAGCAAACCCUAGAAUUGCCUGGAUGAGGCUUCAGCUUCGUUCUUCAAGUUGCCAUUCAGUUUUCUUCUCUUCCAGCUUGCACAAGGGAUGUUGAGGGCGCGAUCAGAUCAAUAUCAGAGAAUACUGUCCUUCCUUGGAACCUUGUGUCUUGUCAUCCGUAUUAUCUAGAUCUAGCUCAACAAUCCGCUAUCCCCGCUAAGUGGAUUCGAUUUGCAACAUGGCAAAUCACAACAUGGAUCCGGACAAGUUCCGGGGGACCAUGUCUGACAUGGCGUUUGGCACCGCUCUGCAGGCAGCUGCCAGGGACUACAAGAAGGAACUUCUGGCCCAAGGCAAGGGCGACAACUCCCUGAAAUUUGAUGAAGUGGACAUGGACGACUUGGAAGAUGACCCAGAACUAGAAAAGCUGCACGCUGACAGGAUAGCAGCUUUGAAGAGAGAGUCGGAGAAGCGGGCGUCCUUGCAGCAGAAAGGACAUGGCGAGUACAAAGAGAUUGAGGAAGCCGAGUUCCUGGCGGAGGUGACGGGAAGCGAGCGGGUAGUCUGUCACUUUUACCACCACGAAUUCGAAAGGUGCAAGAUUGUCGACAAGCAUCUGCGGCUGGUCGUUGGGAAGUACUUCGACACCAAGUUCAUCAAAGUCGAUGCAGAAAAGUGUCCGUUCUUCGUCACGAAGCUAGGCAUCAAGGUGCUGCCCUGCGUUAUACUGUUCAAAAACGGAGUUGCCAUCGAUCGCAUUGUCGGGUUCGAGGAGCUGGGGGGCGUCGACGACUUUGCGACCGUUCGAUUGGAACGAAGACUCGAAAGAGCAGGUGUCGUCGUUCCGAAGGUGGUGAAGUACGAUAGUGAUGAUGAGCAGGAGACGAAAAUACGGACGAGCAAGCAUGCACAGAAUAACGACUCUGAUUCGGACUAACCCUGCAUCACUGGGCAUGUAAAAUCUGAUUACCUGCUGCGAAUCCAUCUGGCCAUCACUGACAUGUCAGCAAUUCAACCAUGACAGAGCAGGAGAUCGAUCGGAUGUAUGACGAUUGCAGUCAUCAACUUGAG